AUGUUGCUCAAAGCUCAAUUUAUUGAAGAAGUGCACUAUCCUGAUUGGUUAGCCAAUGGGAAGUGGAGGAUGUGUGUAGACUUCAUCGACCUCAACAAAGCUUGUCCGAAAGGCAGCUUUCCUCUGCCUCGCAUUGACGCACUGGUCGAUUCAACAUCUGGGUAUGGUCAUGCCUUUCGGUCUGAAGAAUUCAGGGGCGACAUACCAGAGAUUGGAAAACAAGAUGUUCCGAGAACAGAUCGGAUGACACAUGGAAGUUGUCCGUCGUUCUUUAAAAUCCUGAGAAAGGCCUUUGAGUGGUUUGAGGAGUGCCAAAAGGCUUUUAGGGAACUAAAGAAGUAUUUAGUCAACCCACCUUUGCUAAGUCGAACAGUCCCAGGAGAAGUAUUGUAUUUAUACUUGACUGUCUCUCCAAUAGCAGUAAGUGCAGCCCUUGUACUAGAAGAAGAAGGGGUACAGAAACUUAUGUACUUUAUCAGCCGAGCAUUGAAAGGGGUCGAUGAGACAUACCCCCAGAUGGAAAAGCUUGCCUUCGCUCUUACCACAGCAUCAAAGAAACUCCUGCCAUAUUUCCAAGCUCACACGAUAAGGGUUCUCACUGAAUACCUUCUCAGAAAGGUGCUUUGCAAAUUAGACUUAUCCGGAAGAUUGGCCAACUGGGCAAUUGAACUUAGAGGAUUUGAUAUCGAAUUCCUUCCUCGCAACUCCAUCAAAGGUCAGGCAUUGGUAGACUUCUUGGCAGAAUUUACUAAUCUGUCAGAUGCUAAACAAUGGCCAAGAGACGAAACUUUGGUGGUUCAGGUAGAUGGGUCAUCCACAAGAAGACACGGUGGAGCUAGGGUAAUACUAAUCACCCCAGAAGGAGAAGAGCUGCACAACUCCAUAAGGUUGGAGUUUAGAACUACCAACAAUGAGGUCGAGUACGAGGCCGUAAUAGCUGGACUUAGCCUAGCUCAAGAGCUGGGAGCCGAAUGCAUUGAGCUACGAAGCGAUUCUCAAGUGAUUGUCGGGCACAUCCAAGGGAAAUUCAAAGCCAAGGUGGAUAAAAUGAGGUUGUACUUGUCAAAGGUACAAGACUUGCAGAGUUCCUUCAAGAAGUUCUACAUCAUAAAAAUCCCAAUGGAUGAAAACGAGGGAGCGGACCACCUUGCUCGGAUCGCAUCAACCGAGGAGUCUAUAGGAGAAUUUGAAGAGAUAAUUCAAACUUUGUCCCAACCUACCAUAGCCGAGGCAGUCUCGGUCUCAAUAGCCAAGGCAGUACCAGAUUGGCAGGAGGAAGUGGUGGAAUAUCUAGAGAAAGGGAUUUUCCCAGCAGGAAAGAAGUCAGCUAUCCAGCUAAGGAAAAAGGCUGCUAGAUUUUCCAUGGUAAAUGGAAUCUUAUACAAACGAGGUUUCAUGUUACCACUUCUUAAGUGCGUUUUCAAAGAAGAAGGUAAUUAUAUACUUCAUGAGAUUCAUGAAGGUAUUUGUGGGAGUCAUUCAGGCGCGAGAAUGUUGGCACAUAAAGCAGUUCAAGCAGGCUUCUAUUGGCCUAACAUGACCAAGGACUUGGUGGAGAUGGUCAGAAAUUGGAACAAAUGCCAACUUUUUGCCAACAUUACCAAGCAACCCCCAGAUGAAUUGAGCUCAGUCUCCUCACCAUGGCCCUUCUUGCAAUGGGGGGUAGAGAUAGUAGGACCACUACAUCGAGGAAAUGGGGGUGUUCGGUUUGCAGUGGUAGCUGUGGAUUAUUUCACAAAGUGGGUAGAAGUAGAGGCCUUAGUGAAUAUAACAGCUAAGAGCAUAGAGAAGUUUUUAUGGAAGAAUGUCAUAUGUCGUCACGGCAUUCCACACGCAUUCGUUACGGACAAUGGAAAGCAAUUCGACUAUGAUUCAUUCAAAGAAUGGUGUGCCAAACCCCAUAUAAGAAAUUACUUCUCGUCCCUUGGGCAUCCCCAGGCAAAAGGGCAAGUUGAAAUCAUUAACAAGUCAAUCUUCAAACUUUUCAAGAAGAAACUUGGUGAUCGAAAAGGAGAUUGGGUGGAAGAUCUUCCAGAGGUUCUAUGGGCUUAUCGGACUAUGAGAAGAACUCCAACCGAGGAAACUCCCUAUGCUCUGGCCUUCGGGACCGAGGCGGUUAUACCUGCCGAGGUGGGCUCGGGCAACUUCCGAGUAGAAACUUUUUGGCUUGAGAAUAAUGAUGAAGGCUUACUGCUGCAUCUGGAUCUACUACAGGAGAAGCGAGAUCAAGCUCAAGUGUCCAUGUCAGCAUACCAGGGGAAAGUAGCUUGGUAUUUCAACAAGAAGGUCAAACAUCGAAGCUUCAAAGUCGGAGAUUUGGUCUUGCGAAAGGUUACCAUCGCCACCAAAGAUCCAACCGAGGGCAAGUUAGCUCCCAAUUGGGAAGGACCUUACAAGGUGACCAAUUGCCGAAGAGCGGGAGCAUACUACCUCGAGGACUCCGAGGGAAAGACACUCCCUAGGCCAUGGAACGCCGAGCAUCUCAAAAAUUGCCACACUUGGAGUAUUUCACCUCUCAACUUACUUCUUGGACAGGUUUCCGAAGGUAGUCAGAGAGGGACAGUUGAAGAGACUAUAACUCACCUCUCAACUUACUUCUCGGACAGGUUUCCGAAGGUAGUUAGAGGAUACAGUCGAAAAGACUAUAACUCACCUCUCAACUUACUUCUCGGAGAGGUUUUCGACGGUAGUUAG